AGGCGAGAGGACCGGCGGAGGCGGAGGCUGGUGUUCAUGCUAAUCCACCCGGGAAUUGGCUGGGGCCAGUGACGUCUGGCUGCUCUCUGCAGUCAGUCAGCUGAUUGUGAAGGGAUAGCGAGGGCUGCGAGCGAGUGAGUGAGCGAGCACCAUGGCACCGAUCGGAUUGAAGGCGGUGGUCGGGGAGAAAAUUAUGAAUGAUGUCAUCAAGAAGGUGAAGAAGAAGGGGGAAUGGAAGGUGCUGGUGGUGGAUCAGCUCAGCAUGCGCAUGCUCUCGUCCUGCUGCAAGAUGACAGACAUCAUGACGGAGGGAAUCACAAUUGUUGAGGACAUCCACAAACGCAGAGAACCUUUGCCCAGUCUGGAAGCUGUUUACCUCAUCACCCCCUCGGAAGAAUCUGUGCGUGCAUUGAUCAACGACUUCAAGGACGCACCAUCUUCCAAGUACCGGGCAGCGCACGUUUUCUUCACCGACUCAUGUGCAGACCCACUGUUUAAUGAACUGGUCAAAUCCCGCACGUCAAAGGUCAUCAAGACCCUGACUGAGAUCAACAUCGCUUUCCUGCCGUAUGAAUCUCAGGUCUACUCUUUGGAUGUCCCCGAUGCAUUCCAGAGCUUCUACAGCCCCCACAAGACACAGCUGCGAAACCCUCUGCUGGAGAGACUGGCCGAGCAGAUAGCAACCCUGUGUGCCACGUUGAAGGAGUACCCUGCUGUCAGAUACCGAGGAGAUUAUAAAGAAAAUGCCAUGCUUGCUCAGCUGGUUCAAGAUAAACUCGAUGCUUACAAAGCUGACGAUCCAACUAUGGGUGAGGGUCCAGACAAGGCCCGCUCCCAGUUGCUGAUCGUGGACCGUGGCUUUGACCCUGCCUCCCCCGUGCUCCAUGAACUGACCUUCCAGGCCAUGGCCUGUGACCUGCUGCCUGUUGAAAACGACGUCUACAAGUACGAGACAAGCGGGAUUGGAGAUAACCGGAUGAAGGAGGUGCUUCUGGACGAGGAUGAUGAUCUGUGGAUUACUCUCCGCCACAAGCACAUUGCAGAGGUGUCUCAGGAAGUGACACGGUCUUUGAAAGACUUCUCCUCCAGCAAGAGAAUGGCGACCGGGGAGAAGACCACCAUGAGGGACCUGUCCCAGAUGUUGAAGAAGAUGCCUCAGUAUCAGAAGGAGCUGAGCAAGUAUUCCACACACCUUCAUCUUGCUGAGGAUUGUAUGAAACAUUAUCAGGGCACUGUUGACAAAUUGUGUCGUGUUGAGCAGGAUUUAGCCAUGGGAACUGAUGCCGAAGGAGAGAAGAUCAAAGAUCCAAUGCGAGCCAUUGUCCCCAUUCUGCUGGACAAUAAUGUCACAACUUACGAUAAAAUCCGCAUCAUCCUUCUCUACAUCUUCCUGAAGAACGGGAUCACUGAGGAGAACCUGAACAAGCUGAUCCAGCACGCCCAGAUACCACCAGAGGACAGCGAGAUCAUCAACAACAUGGCUCACCUGGGCAUCCCCAUUGUCACUGAUUCAACUCUGCGCCGCAGGAACAAGCCAGAACGCAAAGAGCGUGUCAGUGAACAGACCUAUCAGCUGUCCCGAUGGACACCUCUCAUCAAAGACAUCAUGGAGGAUGCCAUUGAUGACAAGUUGGACACCAAACACUACCCGUACAUCUCUGCCCGUUCCACCGCGUCCUUCAGCGCCACGGCAGUCAGUGCCCGCUAUGGCCAUUGGCAUAAGAACAAAACCCCCGGAGAGUACAGAACAGGCCCCCGGCUCAUCGUCUUUGUGAUCGGAGGCACCUCGUUCUCUGAGAUGCGCUGUGCUUAUGAGGUGACACAAGCCAAUGGGAAGUGGGAGGUGCUAAUAGGUUCCACCCACAUUUUAACUCCAACAAAAUUCCUCAUGGACUUGAGGCACCCGGACUUCAGGGAGUCCACUAGGGUCACCUUUGAGGAUCAGGCUCCCAAAGAGGAGUGAACGUUGCCAAUGAAAAGGUCGACACAUGUCCUCACUCCCCAGAAGUUACUGAACUCACUAAAGAAAAUGAAUAAGCCAGACGAGGAGGCCAGCAGCUAAGACGGAAGCUGUACGUACGUGAAGGCUCUCACACACUCUUAUACCCAAAUGUUAUCCUUCCCAGCAAGGAGAAUGUUACUGUCUGUGACGUUUUGGUGUUGCAUCUUUGUAAUUCAACAUGUAUGCAUUGAGCUAAAAAAAAUAAGGCUAGUGAACGUAAUUGUUUAACAAUGGAUGCAACGUUUUGAAACAAUUAAACAGCAUUAAACUGUAAUUACUACAUCUUAUACGGAUGCUCUAAGUACUGCUAGGAUGUGUCGAUGUAGUUAUGUUUGUUUAUUUAGUGUACAUUUUCAUUAGUGGAGGAACUAAUUGCAUGAUGUUAAUCUAUAAUAAGCAAACAGUGAUUCUUGUGCCAGCAGCGACAGAAUGGUGGACUAUGAAUGGGCUGUUUUUCAUUCAGUGUCUGUCACUAAAGAACAUGUGCUUGAUUAUCUAACACGGCCCAAUGUCACACUCAGUGUGAUUCUUGAUUCUCCCAUUCCCCCAGUUCUUCCCAAUCUGCUUGGGACCAAGAUUUAUUGAAAUCUCAGACUGAUCCGAGAUUAUUGAGAGGUUUCAGAUGAAAGGUGACAUUUGGAUGAAAGCUGAUGAACUCAUUCCUCCACUAAUUGUCAAAGAGAAGUAUUGUUCCUCUUUUCCAUGUGGUGUCAAAGUCAUGCUUGCACAAGGACCAAUGUUAUUUCAGUAUUGUAUUUAGCAAGAUGCCGUUUUGUUGGUUAGUAUCAAGGUGAAGCUAAGUCACUGAGAUGUGUAAUGUGUGCCCGCCCUCUGGUCCCGUAGAGUCUGGCCACUGGUGACAAUGUCAAGUAGCUCCUUUCAUUUCUGAGUGUCCGUGCCCUGUGUUUGUGUUGUUGCGUGACGCUGGCUUGUGGUUUAUUGAGGAGGUAUUACCUCCAGGCAUUGCUGCAUCUUCCAUUUGUUGAAAGGCAAAUUACCUUCCAGUCUCUGCUGGUUCAUUGACCUGAGCAAAGGCUGCAUGGUGCACUGACUGCUUUGUGAUGCAAAACGCUUAUUUUGCCAUUGUAUAAGAUCUGUGUUAAGUCAUAUUUAUAUUGAAGUUAUUUAUCUGAGAAUUUAGUCUGCCUUGAACCCACAUUCCUUUACAAAUGAAUCAGAUUCUUCAUUCAGUGUGUGCAAGCACAAAGUGUACUGAAACUGAACGGACAAAUAAAUGGAAUCUGAUAAUA